AUGCGACCGCCUCGUGUUGAUACACGCCUCCAAUAUUCUAGCUCACCUCAGUGGACUCCAACAUCAUCACACCAUGGAUCCCCUCAUUCCGCUUCCCCCUAUGGACCUAAUCGAGGAGGCUGGAAUACGAAUGCCUACUCUCCACCACAUCGACACAACAGCUAUCCUCCACAGCAAAGCCCUCAGGCUUCGUACUACCCAAGUGGUCAACAAAGUCCGUAUGGCCCACCUCAACAACAACAGCAAACUCACCAUCAUCACCAACAAACCUUCCACCCAAAUGGCUUUAGAGGCGGUCAUAACACUUAUCGUGGGAACGCUCCAAACAACCCAUCUGAUCGUCGCUCCUCUGGCCCCGGACCUACAGCUCAACGUGGUGGCCGUGGCCGACCUGGAUUUUACAAUCUACAAUGGACUGCGAACAGCCGUCUGCGUGAUGAUGAAGUCGUCCAAGAAGUGAAGACCACCCCUCUUGACGACGACGAUAACCCUUUUCGUCCAUCAAAAGAUCUUCGGGUCGAUGACGAGACGGAAGUGAAGUCAAAGGACCUACUGAGUGAGCCAUCAAAGGAAAGCUCUAAAAUCAGCUUUGCCUUCAAGGCAAAGGCUUCAACAGCAGGGUCAACCAAGCCUCCUCCAGAUCUAGCCUCCAGGAUCAAAGACCCUGCUCGCAAAGCAAAUCUUCCGGAUAACAGGACGAAACGACCGGAUAAGAAGGGUACAGAUGACCGGGCUGGUCGAAACAUCCACGAGAAGUAUCCCACCAGAGACGAUCGACAUAGCCUUGACACUCGCCACGAACGGGAUCGAGGUCGCGAUCGAGCCCGAGAGCGUUCGCCACAAUUGAAAGUAGAAAAACAGACGAUCAGGAGAACGAAGCCGAAGCGAACGCUUUCCCCGGAUCUUGCCGAGUCUACGUCCGUCUAUUAUCGCAAGCCUGGCAACGAGUCGGUCAUCGGCUCUGGUACCUAUGGGAAAGUUUUUCGAGCCGUCCAUGUGUACACCAAAAACAUGGUAGCCCUAAAAAAGAUCCGCAUGGAUGGAGAGAAAGAUGGCUUUCCGGUCACUGCAGUACGGGAAAUCAAACUGCUCCAAUCUUUAAGACACGAGAAUGUUGUCUCUCUACAGGAGGUCAUGGUGGAGCACAACGACUGCUAUAUGGUCUUUGAGUAUCUUUCUCACGAUUUGACAGGCCUUCUGAACCACCCAACAUUCAAGCUUGAAGCAUCACACAAGAAACACUUAGCCAAGCAACUGUUUGAAGGACUCUCCUGCCUGCAUCGCCGAGGUGUCUUACAUAGGGAUAUAAAAGCUGCGAAUAUCCUCAUAAGCAGCGAGGGCCAACUUAAGCUAGCGGAUUUUGGACUUGCUCGAUUCUACUCGAAGCGUGGAAAGCCUGACUACACUAACCGUGUGAUCACCAUUUGGUAUCGGUCGCCUGAAUUGCUUCUUGGCGAAACUCAGUACGGUCCUGCUGUUGACAUUUGGAGUGCUGCUUGCGUCAUGGUUGAAAUCUUCACUCGACACGCAAUCUUUCCAGGCGAUGGAGGCGAAAUCAAUCAGCUUGACAAAAUAUACAACGUUCUUGGGACUCCAUCGCGCUCUGAUUGGCCUGGUCUGCUUGACAUGGCCUGGUUCGAGCUUCUACGUCCGACGGACAAGAGGCCCACCACAUUUGCCAACAAGUACCAAGAAAAACUAACGCCUGCCGCAUUUGAGCUGCUCACUGCGAUGUUCGCUUACAACCCAGACAAUAGGCCUGCAGCAGCCGAUGUACUAGAGCAUCCAUACUUCACAGCGGAGGAGCCGGCACCGAGGCAGGCUUUUGAGCUCAAAGACCUCCAAGGUGAUUGGCAUGAGUUUGAAUCGAAAGCACUCCGCAAAGAAAACGAGCGUAAGCAUCAGGAAGCAAAACGGGCAGCGCGAAAUGAAGAGCACGAGCGGGAGAGAGCCAAAAGACGGGCAAGCGGUGGGGCUGCUGACAGAGAAAGGGAGCCUAAAAGGCAACGGCCUGACUCUAGUCACGGUGCUAACGGAUCUAAAUGA